GAGGUGGAGUGCGGGGAUCGCCGGGAGCACUCCAGCAACAGGUCAUGGGAGAAAGAUCGAUAGGCUCCGGAGGCUGGUGGCAGGAACAUGCGCCCUGGAAACUAGAAACAUGCGCCUUGUGAUCGCUGUCGUGCUAACGUUCCUAACACCAGGUGAAUCCGACCUCCUGCGCGACAGCGUCCACGUGACAUCUGCGGCAGCGCGGCCCAACAAUGAGCUGUGGUGCUACAAGUGCCGCGCCGAGGUGCCGGACGACAAGUGUGCGGACUUGCGCCAGAACAGCUCCACGCUCAUACACAAGUGCCAUAACGAGAAGAGGAUAUGCAUGGUAAAACGGUUCUCCUACACAACGUCGACCGAAAACUCCACCACAGCCUUGACAAUGUGGGCUCUAGAACGCAACUGCACCAAGCACUGCGAACCAGGCUGCAUCGUCAUCGGCGAACGCACCAAACUCUACUCCUGCACGUCUUGCUGCACGUCGUCCCUUUGUAAUUACGGCUCCGGGGCCAAUUCGCUUUGUAUAAGCAGUGGUGUAUCAGCCUUGUUCCUCUUCUUUUAUGUAUUUUUAUUAUAAGUACAUAAUAUGUACCUACGUUAUUAACCCCUAACUCAUAAGCUACCUAUAUGAGUUAAGGGUUAGGAAACAAAAUGCGCGACGAAAACGUAUUCAACAUGUUUGGUGUUGGGCGUGCGGUUGAUUGUUAGGCGACGUCCUAGCUAGAUUGAUUGUGAAGCGAUACUAUGUGAGGAUUUGCAAAUUCAAUGCGAUGCGGCACGGGCUUUACAGGUGUUCUACAUACAGCUGCUUCUUGUAUAUAAAUCGUACACGUGUACGCGCGUAUUUAUUCAGUGGUACGUACAAGUCGCGCUAUCUUACGUUACUGCAGGCUGCACAUGAGUAGAUAUCCCAAACAACAAACUACAUAGUAAUAACGAGUGACUGAGAUAGCGAUAGCGACCAAUUUAUGUCAUGGCGGAAGUGGGACGUUCGAUCGAGAUAUGCAACUACGAUUUUGAUUAAUUUCUGGGCGGCAAGGAUUGCACGAAUUAUCUCUACGAUUGUGCGCGCUCGUACACAUGUAUAAUUUCCGCCAAAGAGUAUAUAAUAAUUAUACUGACUAGGUAUAAUAUUAUUAUUGUCGGCUCUUUUUUCGUUAUGCUCAACUAUGUGAUGCCCUUCAUAAAAUUGUACACGGAUACGCGCGCGUGCUGCAGUGCAGUUGCCGUCGCGCUAUGUGGAUGCAUUAUAUAAUAUCUCAAAGCCCGACACUCCACCUCCUACGUUCGACAUGUAAAUUCUCAGCCAAACUUAUUAUUAUUUACACUAACUUAUUAUAUUUUUGACUUAAUUACUAGUUAGUCAAAGCAGUCAAAAUUGAUGAACUCGAGAGAUCUCAGAGCACAGUAAGUACUUCGGUACUAUCCGAGUUAGAUAGGUAGUAAAAUUAAUGCCGAUUUUGCAUUAAAUUAUUAGAUAGUCAUAUUUUCUUAUUUUAAUGUGCUCAAGAAAAAUACCUAUUUCUCACUGUAAUUAGGUACUAAGUAAUAGCUUGCAAAAAUAUUAUCAAUAAAGUUAUCAUUAAUAGCUUGCCUAUCCGUCACGUAUUAUAAUAAUAAUUAAGAUGCUAGAUAGGUAGAUUUGUAUUUUUUUCAAUUUGAAGUGAGUUCCGUAGAUAUUUUUUUCAUUUCGAUACCUAAUCAAUGUAAAAUAUCAAUAUCUAGUAAUGUUGCAUUCUAUUCAAAUCCAUUAUUAUUAUUGUUGUAUCUCAUAAA